UUUAUUUGCCUUUUGUGGUUUCAGAAAAGUUGUUAGAAAACUAUAUAUAAAAGAACAUAGGUCUACUUUGAAGAUACAUUAUAAUUUUGGCGACUUUUAGGGGUCUUCAAGUCGUAUUAGGAAGGUCAGUCCCUCCAAAACUACCACAAUUCGCAUCCUGCGGUACAGGCUGUAUAAGUUCAAUGAUAAAUGUUGAGCAGCCCUUCGCGCAGCACGAUGGGGAGUCGGUGGGGAGACUGUCCUCCCCGAGCUCUCUCUCACAGGAGAAUCUAGACGCUCCAUGAUCUCUCAGCAUGCCUACCUGGACGAACCGGUCCAACUGUUCCUUCAACUGCAGUUGGGAUGAGAACGCGACAUACUGGGGAUUCGAGCACCCGGUCAACAUCUUCCCCGUCCCAGUGCUAACCGGGGUCACCGUCACCUGCGUGCUCUUCUUCUUUGUUGGUGUAACGGGGAAUCUCAUGACCAUUUUGGUGGUGACCAAAUACAAGGACAUGCGAACCACCACCAACUUGUACCUGUCAAGCAUGGCCUUUUCGGAUUUAUUUAUUUUUCUCUGCAUGCCCCUGGACUUGUACAGAAUCUGGAGGUACCGACCUUGGAAUCUCGGCAACAUACUUUGUAAACUCUUUCAGUUUGUGAGCGAGUGUUGCACGUACUCGACCAUUCUGAGCAUCACUGCUCUCAGUGUGGAGAGAUACUUUGCUAUUUGUUUUCCUCUUAGGGCAAAGGUAGUCGUGACCAGGGGUCGCGUGCGCGGGGUCAUAUUGGUCCUCUGGAUAGUAUCCUUCUUUAGUGCAGGACCUGUGUUUGUGCUCGUCGGGGUUGAGCACGAAAACGGGACAAACUCGUGGGAUACUAACGAAUGCAAAGCGACGGAAUAUGCCAUUAGGUCUGGGCUCUUAACAAUUAUGGUUUGGGUCUCCAGCAUCUUUUUCUUUUUGCCUGUGUUCUGCUUAACUGUUCUGUAUAGUCUCAUCGGCCGAAAGCUCUGGAAGAGAAAGAGGGAGACGAUUGGGCAAAACGCUUCGAGUCGGGAAAAAAACAAUAGACAGACAGUGAAAAUGCUGGCUGUGGUGGUGUUUGCCUUCGUGCUCUGCUGGCUUCCCUUUCAUGUUGGACGUUACCUGAUCUCCAAAUCCACAGAGAUGGGCUCUCCUGUCAUGUCUGUCAUCAGUCAGUACUGUAAUCUCAUCUCCUUUGUACUCUUUUACCUGAGUGCAGCAAUCAACCCUAUUCUGUACAACAUCAUGUCCAAGAAAUACAGGAUGGCAGCUUGCAAACUUUUCGUACUGCAUCAUAGCCCACGAAUAAGCACAUCAGCGGUCAAAGGAGAGACUUCCCCGUGCUGGACGGAAUCCACUGCCAGCCUGUGACUGUCAAAAAGACUGUCUUCACCAUGAACAGCCAUUUCAGACCUCAUCUACUGCUGCCACCGUGUUUGCAAGAUGAUAUAGUUCCCUAAUUAGACUUAAGAUCCACAUCCAUAUAUCAUACAGUGUUUGACAGAUCAGGGAGUAGAUUGGAAAGAUUCAGUUCUUUAACAGCCAUUCGUCCAUCCAAGCUCAACAUUUCAUUACAUACCUUGAUGUUUUAUAAAAAAUAGAGAGAUAAAAAGGAAGAGGAUAAAAAGAUAACUUCAGCUGCCUUAAAUCUAAAUGAAAUCUGGAAGACAAAAUGAUCACUGUAGAUACAGCAACCUUUUGCACCUGAUGACAGGGACUGCAGAGGUGAUGCCGUUCAUUUGCAUUGUGCCUGAAUGCAUGUCAUGCUCCCUUAGCAAGUGCUUUCUCUUUUUUUAUGUCUGUGUUCAUAAGCCUCUGCUACAGAACUGAAGCAAUACAGAGAAUUCAAACACUUUGAAGAAAGUUAAUUAAAAACAAAGAAAUGUAAGUCAAAAUGCAUUCGUCCAUUCAAGUACUCAAACAUCAUAAAAGCUGGCUUUUUUGUUCUCAGCGUUUCAUGUGCUAAACUACAGGUACCAAAUUAGCCAGUUAUACAGAAGUUUAAUUUAAAACCACUGCAAUAAAUGUUGUAACAGUAUAUUUGUAUGUUAACAGGUCCUCUUACUACGGAGCCCCGCACAUGACACACAGGAAAAAAUAUAAGGCUAAAUCGUGUGUACGAUUUAUUAAUUCGUUCCCUCAAUGUAAUAAAAAUGGCAAACGAUUACUAUAGUGUUUCCUUGAUUUACUAUUGCGUUCACUCGAUUUAUAAAUUGUGUGCACGAUUUACUAAUUCGUUCCCUCGAGUUGCUAAAUCUUGCGCACAAUUUAGCAAAUCGAGCAAACGCAAUAGUAAAUCGAGGGAAUGCAAUAGUAAAUUGAGGGAACGCAAUAGUAAUCGUGUGCACGUUUUAGUAAAUUGAUGGAACGAAUUAGUAAAUAGUGUGCACAAUUUAUUUAUUUCUUCUUGCAUGUCAUGUGCGGGGCUCCGUAUCUUACAUCCCAAGUAUCUGUUGUAGAAACUGCAUGUGUCUUGUGCUCUAAAUGAUGUACAGUAUAGAAACUUUAAUAUCUGUAUAUUGUAAAAUAUGUAAAUAUACCCGUAUUCCAUUGGA